AUGAAAAAUAUCAUUUCUUUAUUAAUUCUUUCUGUCAUUUUUGAAGGUCAUCCAUAUAGUUACGGAAUAAAUUCAUCAAUUCGUCCAACGAACACACCCACGCCCGGAUUAAGAUAUAAGAAUUUAGGAAAAAGUGGUCUCCGUUGCAGUAAUGUAGGUUUAGGAACAUGGUCAAUAUUUAGUCCAAAUGUAUCAAGUGAGCAAGCCGAAUCGAUAAUAAAGCUUGCAUCGGAUAAUGGAAUUAAUCUCUUCGACCUGUCAGAGGCACAUUCGGGUGUUCGAGCAGAAAUUGAAAUGGGCAAAAUCAUUCAGAAAUACAAUUGGAAACGAACGACAUACAUUAUUGUAACGAAAAUUUAUUGGAGCACAAAGUCGGAAGAGCGAGGAUUGUCACGUAAGCACAUUAUUGAAAGUGUCAAGGCUAGUUUGCAGCGACUACAGGUCGAAUAUAUAGAUAUUAUUUUGAUUCACAAGGCAGACUCCAUGUGUCCUAUGGAAGGUUAUUGCCUAUAUUGGGGAACUGCCAAAUGGAGCCAUGUAGAGAUUAUGGAAGCAUAUAGCAACUGUCGUCAAUUCAAUUGUGUGACGCCAAUUGUAGAGCAAGCUGAGUAUCACAUGUUCAAUAGGGAAAAGGCAGAGCUUUUUCUGCCGGAACUCUACAACAAAAUUGGUGUUGGAUUAAUGGCUUGGGGUCCACUUUCUAUGAGCCUCUCGGAGAACAAUGAACGUCUGAUGUUUACAACAAAAGGAUCGUUGAGAAACAAAAGUCAAAGCUACUCGUGGACUGAGGACGAGCUGAACAAGGAGGAUCGAAUGGAUGAGACGAGAAGACAUUGUGAAAAACUCCGUGAACUCGGUCUGUUGGCAGAAAAAUUGGGUUGUUCACUAACACAACUUUCAAUCGCGUGGACUUUAAAGCAUGAACCAGUUCAGAGUCUACUUAUCGGUGCUGUAAGCACUGAACAACUUCACACCAAUUUACAAGCACUUCAAUUACUUCCUCGUCUAUCGCCACCCGUCAUGUUGGAGAUUGAAAAGAUUAUUGAUAAUAAGCCGGUGCGACCACUACCUGUUUCGACUUUAGCACUUAGCUAUCCAGGUGUCGUACUGGAAUCUCCUAAAGACGAAAGUAAACUAAAUUUUGGGACAACAGAUGUGAAUAAAGAUAAAUCAAAGACCAGUGGCACCGGAAAUAGCAGCAAUAACAAAAAGAAUUCAACACUCACAAGCUCAUCAGCACUCAACACCAAAGAUUUAAUUCGUGAUUACAAAACCAUAACAAGUUCGACAUCAACAAACUUCAAUAAGGUUGAAGCACGUUUGGAACGUGGUGAUUCGAUAGGAAAUGAUGACUCGAAAGAAUCACCGACAAGUGAUGAGAAGAAAGGAAAGAUAAAGAGGAAUUCAAGCCUAAUAUCACUAAAGUCAAUAAACCAAAAUUUAAAAGCUAUGCUCAAAAUAACACGAAAUGAUACGAGUAGUUCCAGUGAUGCUGAAAUUGGUGAAACAAUCAAAAAGAAGCCACCACAUUUAAAUCCUCCUAUGAUUUCGGCGCCAUCUUUAAGGAUUGAUGAUGUUGAUAUUGAUGAAACGAAAAUGUUGCUAAAUUAUCCACAAUCACCGCAACGAUAUCCAUCAUCAUCAGCAUCAGUAACACCAGCUUGUACGCCUACAACAUCAACAACACCAUUAUUACAAUACCAAGAAUAUGUUCCACGUUCUGUCAGUCCAUCGCCAUAUCUAGACAUUUCUCCAUCUCCAAGACGCUCGUCGACAUCAGAUAUUUUAAAUAAAAAGCCCUCAAAUCCAAAUGUUGCUGACACAUCAUCAAAGAAAUCAUUACACAGUACAGCUGGAUCUGGUUCGGCACUUCUUACUGAGCCACAUUUACUUAAUGUCGCGGCAGCAGUAACAAAAGAACGAAGACCGUCGACGAGUGAGCUCUUACGUAAGGCACGUGAGCGUAAGGGAAGUGAAGGUAAAUUAGGUCGAAGUAUAUCGAGUGGAAGUAGUAUAGCACGCUGUGGUAAUAGAAAUAGACGUUUAAGCAUGGCAUUUUAA